AUGGAGGAUUCGAAGAAUGCGUUUCUGUUCCACCUAUUCUCCUCCUCAGAGGGAGAGCAGGCAGGGGAACAAAAAACCAAGGUGACAAAUUACAGGUUCAUUAAACUGCCCAGCAUAAGCGAGCCGCACAAAUGUGUGUUAUACCACUACAAUGAAAGGAACAACCUGCUGUACCUACUGGAAAGGAAUUACUAUAAUCCAAAAAUUGAGUCCUUAAAACAUGAGAAUGAAAAAAUAAACAAAAGCUGUGUUUCCCUUUUUAUAAAUAAUUACGCUGUGCAAAAUGAAUGCAGCUUUUUCUGUUACCCCAUCGAUGCAAUUUUUCUCUUCAUAAGUAUCAUAUAUCAAAAUUGCGCCAGCAACACGUAUACCACGCUGGGGGAUUACCUAGACAAUGUUUUAAAAGACAAAGAAAAGAGGGAACAAAACGAAAUAAGAAAAAAUGUCUUUUUCAUUUUCAACAAAAAUGUCAGUAACAUCAAGGAGAGGUUAAAAAAUAUCUGCGACGAAUGUUACGAGAUGGGAAAAUAUUAUUUCAAACCGAAUUUAAAAAAAGUCCAAAAUUUUUUCAAUCUUAAAUGUGUAAAGUUAUUCAAUUAUAUUGUCGAAAAUAAAAUUGUCUUCUCUGAUUAUGCCCACACAGUGGAGGAGGAUAUUUUGAAGAAACACAAUGUUGACAUGGACCUCCAUGAGAGAAGCACGUCUAAAGUUAAAAAUGCUAAAUGGAAACAAAUCGAUGUGUAUGGUGAAUAUAAAAAGCUGGUAGACUCAUACGUAAUACAGUUUAAUAAAAAGUACUACAAAUUUGGUGGAUCCAAUUUGAGGACAUUCGUUUGGCUAAUUGUGAAGGGGUUUAUGAGUUCUUCUUUGAGUGAAAAACUCACCCCUUUAGAUAUACAGGAAAAAUUAAGCAAAAUGAAGGAGGACGAUAAGAAGAAGAAAAUGCAACAGAAUGAUAAUUUGCCCAAGGGGAAGAAGCACUCCCUGCAGCAACCCAGGAAUCAGCUGAUGAUCGAGUCCUUUUUUAAAAAGAAAAAGACCAAGUGA